AUGGCUAUAAAAACUGCUUUGCAAGUGCUCUCUAUGUCAAAGUGGGGGAAAAACAUUUUGGCUUUAGAAGAAAUUAAGACCACAUUAAUUCCAUUUCUAAUCUUAAAUUUGACCCUUCAAAGGGCAAUUAAGUUCAAAAUUGUCAUGGCUUUGGCAACAUCGGAGGAAUUGCAGGCCAUUCUCGUGCCAAUUGUUGUUUAUUGGACAUACUCAGGGAUGUAUGUCAUCUUAGAGUCGUGGUGUGAGAAUUACAAGUUGCAUUCCAAGCAAGAAGAGGAGGAGAAGAAUUUGGUGUCCAGAAAGACAGUCAUCAAAGGCGUUCUUCUCCAUCAAACCAUUCAAGCGACUCUGAAUUUCCUCGUGUUAAUGGUGACAGGAGGAAAUGAUGCUGAGGCAUCUCCAAGGCAGCCAUCAUCCCUUAUUAUUAUAGCUAAGCAAUUAGUUAUAGCUAUGGUGUUUAUAGAUACUUGGUCAUAUUUUAUCCAUAGGUACUUGCAUUACAACAAGUUCUUAUAUCGACACCUUCAUGCUCCACACCACCGGAUUGUUGUUUCCUAUGCAUUUGGAGCUCAGUAUAUGCACCCACUCGAGGGGAUCUUGGACACCAUGGGCGGGUCAUUAUCUAUAAUCGUCUCCGGUAUGUCUCCUCGAACUUCGAUGUUUUUCUUCUCUUUUGCCCUCAUUAAAUUAGUGGAUGACCAUUGCGGGAUGAGGCUUCCUGGAAACCCCUUUUACAUCUUCUUUAAGAAUAAUUCGGCAUACCAUGAUAUCCAUCAUCAGCUUUAUGGUGCCAAAUACAACUUCUCAGUGUACUUCGUCACAUGGGAUAAAAUUCUAGGAACGUAUAUGCCUUAUUCACUUGAGAAGAAAGCCGAAGGAGGCUUUGAAGUACGACGUGCUGAUCAAGAGCACAAGGAUGAUUGAGUAACUAGUAAGUUAUGAUAGGCAUGGACCGAUCAAUUGGUUUUUAUAUAUGAAUACUUAUAUGCUUCAUUCGGAAUAAAGCAAUAGGAAGGGUCCAUGAUCUGUAUUUUAUCUAUCGUAUAUACAGUGAAAAUAAAUGAUGAUACUGGGAUGGUCUUUUCACCUAAAUUGGUGUCGUAAAUAAUGUUUUGAGUGAGGUUGUAUGCUGUUUUUUUGGUUAUGGUUGUAUGUUGUUUAAAAGGUAUUCUGGAUUGGUGUGAUUGGAGUUCUUUUUUUGUAAU